AUGUUGCGCCCGGAGAGGUGCGCCGCCAUCCUGGACGAUGUGCUGAUCUACGAGGUCCUGGUCCGCCUCCCCGCCAAUGGCUGCGGGUGUUUCCGCCGCUCCUGGCGCGCCGGCAUCACCGGCGCUAGCUUCGUCCGCCGCCACCUCGAGCUGUCCCGCACGAGGCCUCCUUCCGUGCUUGCCGUCCCUCGCGAGGUAGACCCUCUCGACGACUACGCCACUUCCACGGAGAUCAGCUUCCACCGCCUCAUGCUCCCACCGGCACCGGCGCCAGGCACCACCGAGACCGAGCUCAUCUUCGAGAAGGCGUGGCCGGAAGGCAUCACGCGCCGCAUCGCACCAACGCACUGCGACGGCUUGGUCGCGAUCGCCACGGCCACGGACAGGGUGUUCGUCUGCAACCCGGCCACCGGAGAGUUCGUCGCGCUGCCGCUCGGCAGACAUAACGCCGAGCUACAGGAUAGAGACCUGCUGGUCCCGCCGGUGGCUCUUGGCUUCGACCGAUGGCGCAACUGCUACGUCGUUGGCAGGUACUUCUACAGGGCGUACGGCGAGAAGUCCUUCAACAACGUCACUGGCGAGUACUCUCAGGACUACGACAUCGGCCAGGAGGUGUUCACGAUCGGCGCCGGCUCCUGGGAGCUCACCCAAGACCCGCCGCACGCCGUCGGGAUUCUGAUGCCAAUGUGCACGCGGCGCGCCUUCUACUGGCAUUCUGACGUGCCGAAGCCACGACUGAUGCGGUUCAGCCUGCAGGGCAGGACGUUCGCCGUGGUGUCACGCCCUCCGGUCGGCCGUGACCAUCUCAGCGUCCACGAGAUGGUGGACCUGGACGGGAAGCUGUGCUACGUCCACGCUGCUGCAGAGGCGUCCUUCCAUGUCUGGCUAGCAGAUGAUAGGCAUGAUGAGCUGCAGUGGUCGUUGCAUUGCCGCAUUGAUCUCCACCCAGAUCCCAAUCUCAUCUACUACUCGAGGCCGGUGAUCUCCGAUGGGGGCAAGAUGUUGUUCAGAGCGGCUGGAGAGUACUCGUACAACCACCUGUUCUGGUGCUCCGUUCCGAACAACACUCGAGAGAAAAUGGUGGACUUGUACACGCGACCCGACGGAAGCAAGUACGUGGGACAAUCGCAAGACCUUUUACAAUACGUUGUGCCUUACUUCGAGAGUUUGGUCUCCCUCACAGCAUGUAACUACUGA